AUGAAUAAUAAUAAUAAUAAUAAUAAUAACAAUAAUAAUAAUAAUAAUAAUAAUAAAAAUAAAAAUAAUAAUAAUGAAAAUAAAAAUAAUAAUAAUUUAAACAAUAAUAAUAAUAAUAAUGAUUUUUAUAAAGUUUGGGAAAAUGUUGUAAUUCGUAACCAAAUAUUAUUUCACCUUAGACUCUAUUCAUUUCAUUCACAUAUUCCACAGCAAUUAGAAUUCAAUGGAUUUAAUAUAUCAAAGCAAUUCAAGAGUUAUCCAUAUUAUCAAUAUUUCAAAUCUGCCUCAAUUACAAUUAAUGAUUUCGAAUAUGGGUUAAAUUUAUUACCAUCAAAUUUAGAUUCACUUAAAAUGGUUUUAAAAAGAAGUUUCGAAAAAAAUAAUAAUUUUAAUAUAAAAAAUGUCAGAUCACUAAGAUCUGACCAUCAAAACAUAUUAUUAAAUAGAGGGAAUAAAUUAAACCAAGCACUUAAUAACAAUAGUAAUAAUAACAACAACAAUAAUAAUAAUAAUAAUAGUAAUAAUAAUAAUAAUAUACAAAAUAAUUAUAAAUUAAUAAACAAUAAUAAUUUAGAUUUUAUAAUGGAAGAACCAAUUGUUAAUUUAGAAAUUAAUUUUAUACUUAGAAAUCAUUUUAAUGAAAUUAUUAAAGCAAAUUUAAAAGGUAGAAAAAUAAAAAAAUUGGUUUUAGAAUCAGAGUUUUCAAAUAGGUUUGAUAUUGAAGAAAUACUUUCAAGUGUCAAUGGAUUAGUUUCAUUAACUCUAUCAAAUAUUUUCGAUACCCAAUUAAGAGCCAAUAUAUUUUGUAACACAAUAGAGACACUGGAAUUUCAAGAUCCUCAUUUCAAUACAAAAUUUGAAAAGCAAAUUUUACCAGAAUCACUAACGAGUCUUACUCUAUUUAGCUAUAAUCAACCUUUUGAAGAAAAUGUUUUACCAAAGAAUUUAAAAUAUUUAAGGAUCGGUUCAGGGUUUAGCUAUCCAUUUCAUCAAAAUACCUUACCAAAUUUAACCCAUUUAAAUAUACACAACUAUUGCAAGCCAUUUGGACCUGGUGUUCUUCCCUCGAGUCUUGAGUCCCUUACGACAGGAGACUGUGGUUCCAAUGUUUACCCAAGUAGUAUAACAAAGUUAAAGCUCUUUGUUUAUGACAAACAACUAGUCGAGAACUAUCUACCAAAUGGAGUUAAAAAACUAACACUACUAUUUUUAUCACCCCACGAAUUAAAAUGCAAUAUAAUACCACCAAGUGUAGAGUUUCUGUCUUUAAAUUCAAGCUGUACAUUACAAAAGAACUUUAUUUUUCCUCCAAAUCUUUUAAAAUAUACAUUCAAACAGCCAGAUCAACUCCCAACAACAUUAACAAAAUUAAAGUUUGAAAAUCUAUCAGAAAAUUGCCCACCACUAACAACUUUAAAGAGUUUAACAUCAAUAAAAAUAAUGACCUCAUUUUCAAGCCCAACAAACUAUGACCACAUUCAAAUACCACAAUCAGUUACUGAUAUGCAAUUUCAAAGCCCCUAUGCAUCACAUAAGGAUUUUAAUAUACCUCCACACAUUCAGUUUUUAAAAUAUGGAUAUGAUAUGUUUAUAGCAUCUUCAAUGUUAUCAUGUCUAACAGCCUCAGUUGCAAAUAAUUUCUUGAAUCAUCAACAACUGCAGCAAUUACCCAAAGACUUAAAAAUUUUAGAAAUUUGUGGGCAUAUGAUAAUAGAUAAAGAUCUUAAUGUAGAAGUUUUAAUCUUUACUGGGCCAUUAUCACAAAUUGUAUCAAUCCCAGACUCUUUGCAUACAAUAUAUCUAAAUCAAUCCGAAGUCGAAUACUCUGAUUUAAUAUCAAAAUCUCAAGAAAUCGAUAAACUUGUACAUAUUAUUAAAAUAGUUGACCCAAAAUCAUUUAAAUCAUUAUAUAAAAAGUCAAUAGCCAAUUACUUAAAUAAUAAAUAA